UGCGCGGGGCGCCGCCCAUGUGCGGCCGCCGUUCCGGAGGUGGGGGUGGCUUGGUGGCCGCGGUGGACCGAGAGGGCCGGCGCGAUAUGUGCCACAAAAAUGUGUACACUGGAGCAUUUUCCACAGAGGCAUCCAGGCUUUCCUAAUCACUAAGAAAGUGACUAAGACUGAUGUUUCCCAGUCAUCUUCUUCCAUAGGUUCUACUGCACUGGAGAAACCAUUACCAUAAAAUAUUUGCAGUCAACACAUUAUCCUUCUUGAUAAAUUACUUGAAAGCUCACUACCCAUAUAAUGGAUUUUAUAGUUCAGAUUGUUUUAUUCUGGAUUUCAUGGUAACAAAACAGGAAGUAUACUUAAUUUCUCAUUUCUACAAGUAGUCAUGACUACUGAGAAAACAAUUUUUUUAAGCUACAGCAGAAUUCAUCUUGGUACCUUUUAUGGAAAUCCUGAUUUUGUUUUUAAUUUUGAUUACCUUUUGCUAAAGGUAUGAAGAAGCAACUUAUCUUGUUAGGCAAAUACACAUUAAUAAGAAUGUCUAGAAGAGGAUCAAUCCUUCACACCCGGACCCACUGGCUACUGUUAGGACUGGCUUUGCUCUGUAGUUUGGUAUUAUUUAUGUACCUUCUGGAGUGUGCCCCUCAGACUGAUGGAAAUGCAUCUCUUCCUGGUGUUGUCGGAGAAAAUUAUGGUAAAGAGUACUAUCAAGCCCUCCUACAGGAGCAAGAAGAACAUUAUCAAACCAGGGCAACCAGUCUGAAACGCCAAAUCGCCCAACUAAAACAAGAAUUACAAGAAAUGAGUGAGAAGAUGAAAUCAUUACAAGAGAGAAAGAAUAUAGGGGCUAAUGGCAUAGGCUAUCAAGGCAACAAAGAACAAGCACCUAGCGAUCUUUUAGAAUUUCUUCAUUCCCAGAUUGACAAAGCUGAAGUUAGCACAGGAGCCAAACUACCGAGUGAGUAUGGGGUGAUUCCUUUUGAAAGUUUUACUUUAAUGAAAGUAUUUCAGUUGGAAAUGGGUCUCACUCGACAUCCUGAAGAAAAGCCGGUUAGAAAAGACAAACGAGAUGAAUUGACAGACGUUAUUGAAGCUGGCUUGGAGGUCAUUAAUAAUCCUGAUGAAGAUGAUGAACAGGAAGAUGAGGAGGGUCCCCUGGGAGAGAAACUUAUAUUUAAUGAAAAUGACUUCAUAGAAGGUUAUUAUCGCACUGAGAGAGAUAAGGGAACACAGUAUGAACUCUUUUUUAAGAAAGCAGACCUUAUGGAAUAUAGACAUGUGACCCUCUUCCGCCCUUUUGGACCUCUCAUGAAAGUGAAGAGUGAGAUGAUUGACAUUACUAGAUCAAUUAUUAAUAUCAUUGUGCCACUUGCUGAAAGAACUGAAGCAUUUGCACAGUUUAUGCAGAACUUCAGGGAUGUUUGUAUUCAUCAGGACAAGAGGAUUCAUCUCACAGUGGUGUAUUUUGGUAAAGAAGGUCUCUCUAAAGUCAAGUCUAUCCUAGAAUCUGUCGCAAGUGAGUCUAAUUUUCACAAUUACACCUUGGUUUCAUUGAAUGAAGAAUUUAAUCGUGGACGAGGACUCAAUGUGGGUGCCAGAGCUUGGGACAAGGGAGAGGUCUUGAUGUUUUUCUGUGAUGUUGACAUAUUUUUCUCAGCCGAAUUCCUUAACAGCUGCCGAUUAAAUGCUGAGCCAGGUAAAAAAGUGUUUUACCCUGUGGUGUUCAGUCUUUACAAUCCUGCCAUCGUUUAUGCCAACCAGGAUGCACCACCACCUGUGGAGCAGCAGCUGGUUCACAAAAAGGAUUCUGGUUUUUGGCGAGAUUUUGGCUUCGGAAUGACUUGUCAAUAUCAAUCUGAUUUUCUGACCGUUGGUGGAUUUGACAUGGAAGUAAAAGGUUGGGGUGGAGAAGAUGUUCAUCUUUAUCGAAAAUACUUACAUGGUGACCUUAUUGUGAUUCGGACUCCAGUUCCUGGUCUUUUCCACCUCUGGCAUGAAAAACACUGUGCAGAUGAGCUAACCCCUGAGCAGUACCGCAUGUGCAUACAGUCCAAAGCCAUGAAUGAGGCUUCUCACUCCCACCUGGGAAUGAUGGUCUUCAGGGAAGAAAUAGAGAUGCAUCUUCAUAAACAGGCAUACAGGACAAACAGUGAAGCUGUUGGUUAACAAAAUUGUUAAUGUAUAACAGUAUAACCAUAAACCAGCACUAUUUAUUUAGCCUUAAUUCCAGUUCCAGAUAUUGUGCCUCUUCCAGAAAAGACUUGUUUAUUUUUAAUAUUCUUUCCGACAUUAUGUUGGCAGUUCAACUUGAUAGAAGAAGAAAACCAAGUGUUUCAAUGCAAAGCCUAUUUGACAAUACUGCACUAUGGAAUAGUAGACAAAAUGAAAUCUGGUGUCUGCCCCAAAAGUAGAUUUGAGUCAAUUUUCUGCCUGGUGCCCAUGUUCUGAUUCUGUGAGAUUGCAUGCUGUGAUUGCAUCUGGUGAAGGGAUAGAAUAUUCUAGGCACAUUGCUACAGAGGAGACAGUGGUACAGACGUGGUGCAGGGACAGGUACUAUUUCUUCACUUCACCUGCUGACCACUAAGUCAGUCAAUCUGAUUUUUGUUUUGUUUUUCUUUGUUUUUUUCAUGGUACUGGGGAUUGAACUCAGGGGCCCUCUACCACUGA